GUUACAGGAAGUAAGCUCAGUACAGGGUUACUUUAUUUAACUUCACUCUUUAACUGGAAACAGCGCGAGAUAUCAGAUUAUUUAUCUUAUUGCCCUGAUUUAUUAAUGCGCAGCCCGAGCUGAGCUGAAGCGGGAGAGUGCGGGAGAGUGCGGGGAGUGCGGGAGGGGAUAUGGAGCUAAUGGUUUGUGGAUGAUAAUCACAGGACGGUAAAGCAUGUGAUGUUGAUCAGCUGCGGGGCUGACUGACUGCGGGGCUGCUGGAAGCGGUUGCCGGUAGAGGGGCUCUGUGAAAGCGGCCGGACCCGGCGGAGGGGUUCCGUUUGCGGGUCUGUAUCGCGGGUUGUUCGGGGGGCAGUAAUGGUUCAGGUGUAUAACUGCCACCCCUUCGCCUCUCAGCACAUCGUGCCCGCGGAGCAGGAGCCCGGGCUGGUGUGCUGCGGCGGCGGCGCUCUGUUCGUCGUGUCCGCGGGAGGAUGUAAGAUCGAGGCGUAUCAGAUGCAGGAGGAUCAGUGUCCUCUAAUAUGCCGCUUCUCCACCAUGGGAACAGUCCAUAACAUCCUGCACAGUAAAGUCGGGGACUACCUGGUCACAAUUGAAGAGAAAAAUAAUGCCACCUACCUCAGGGCCUACACCAACUGGCGCUACCAGGCUGCUGAGAAGACUCGCGUCGGGGUCCGUCUGCUCGGACACUUCCUGCGCGGCUCCUCCUUUCGUGGGGCUCCAAAGGAGCAAAUGGAGAUCAUAGAGAUCCCGCUGUUUGAGCCCCCGUUGUGCAUGGCUUGCUGUCCACUGACGGGCGACCUGCUGGUGGGCUGUGCCAAGAGCCUGGUUGUGUUCAGUCUGAAGAGACAGGCUCUGACUGAGCAGCUGGCCAUGCUGGACUUUGAAAGGGUCCUGAUCCUGCAUCUCCGUGGCUGGAGCCCUUCAAAGGUGGCCUUCUGCGCUGGAUACAUCGCCAUGCAGACAGAGCUGGAGGUCCUGGUGGUGAAGCUGCAGCAGCUGGAGAAGACGUGUGCGACCCCAGACAGCAACCCCCUCCUGCCCGUGGAUAUCAUGGCUGCAGCAGGCCUGGCUGAAGAUGAUGUGAAAAAAGAGCCACUGACUCCUCAUGAGCCAGACGACUUCUUUGUGUUCCCGAAGCAUUUAGAGCUGCUGGGGGAAAACGCGAGAGACUGUGGAGUUCUGAUGUCUUUAGAGUGGACGGGAAUGGAGACAGAGGCUCGAAACAAGAUGGGAAUUACUUAUGUCUUAUACAGGAGGUUUGCUCCAGAUUUCUUCCAGGGCUGCAGUGUGGAGGAUACAUGUUUACACUCUUUGCAGCUUCAGCUGAUGAACACUGGUAAUCGAGAGGGUUUCAGUGAUGUCAGCGUGAGUGAGCCUUUCUGUAUGUUCUGUUUCUUCUCACUGCCCAAUGCUGGAUACAUGUACAGCCUGAAGAACACUGUGGAGCUCAUCUCCACCUACCAGUACCCUGAGAAAUCCCAUCAGGCUGUGCUCUGCGACCGCUUCCUCUAUGUCAUCACCAGGAACGCUCUGCAGUGCUUCUCUGUGAGGUGCAGUGCUGUGGCAGCUCGAGCAGAGGACCCCUACAUUGAUACCACUAUGAAAGCCUGUCCUCCCUUCACCAUGGAAGUGUGUGGUCUGCGUAUCCAGCUCUUCAUCGGCCUGAAGUCUCUGUGCCACGACGGAAACCACAUCGUCCUGCUCACAGCUGCUGACGUGGAGAGUAAAGAGGAGACGGAGCGAACAGCUCGGAAAUCAGUCGAAUCAAAAGAGCACAAAGCACUGACAGGGAUUUUCCUAGCGGUAGGUAUAGAGCCAUCCGCCAACCCGGCUCUGGAGAGCUUCCUGUCCAGGUCCUUCCUACCCAGGAAAACCUCCAUCACAUCAAAGCCCAAGGAACCCAAUGACAGUGGCCAUGGCUGGAACCUGUAUGUGAUCAAUACUGUGUCCACAUUACAGCUCUACAGAGAGAUGGUGGAGUACAGUAAACGAUACGAGCUGUCUCAGAGCUGCGUUCACCUGCUGAGUGAAGCUCACCUGCUCCUCAGAGCCGCCCUGCUGAGCCCGAGCCGCAGCGAGGCUGCAGACAGAGUCCAGCUCCAGGAAGCCUUCCAGGAGAACUGUGCCCAGCUGGGUGACUGCUUCAGCAGGCUGGAUAAGCGAGACUUUCACCUGGCACUCCCAUACUAUAAGAUGUCUGGCCUAACAGUGACGGAGGUGAUCCACAGAAACGUGGCCAUGUUUAACAGCGCUGGAGGAGAAUACAGGAAGGGUUUCCUCUUCUUCCUCAAACACUCGCUUUAUGAGGAAACCAUGGAGGAGCUCAAUGAGGAAACGGCGAACACGGUGCUGGAUAUCUUCACUAGGGCGGAGCCGGGGCAGCUCCCUCAUGUGGUGAGCAGCUCGUUCAUGAUGAAGGCCAGUCCUGCCGGUGUUCUGGCUCACCUAGAGCAGCUGGAGGCCUGCGGCGCCCCGUCCGUCACCCUGACCCUGUGCAAGGCCGCCCAGGCCCUGCGCUUAGAGGACCUGCAGCUGUAUGAACAGCAGAUGGAUCGCCAUGCUGAGAUGCUGCAGGUGUACGGCUUCAUAGAGGAGCCGAAGCUGCUGGUGCAUGGCAGAGGGAAGGCAGUGGUGCCCACACAGCUGGCACAGCACCUGCACGACACCCAGGACGGCCUGCUGGUGGCUGCAGUGGUAGCACUGCAUGAGAACAGCAAGGUGAAGCUGGAAGAAGCUGACCUAUUCUUUCAGGGGUUGUGUAAGGACAGUGUGGACAGUCAGAGCACUCCUCAGCUUCUGGUGGAUUUCUGGGAGGCUCUGCUGGUGGCCUCGUCUCAGGAAGCGAUCAUCCACGAACUCCUGUUCCGCCUCACCUCCGUCUACAUCGACCGCAUCACCCGCAGAGACUCCUCCGGAAUCAGAGCUCUCAAAACUGCAGACGAUCUGAUUAACUCCUGCUCUCACUACGGACCGCUGUUCCCGUGGGUGAGCAUCCUGACUCCCACCCACUUCAACAUCACCCACGAUCACCAGGAGGACCUUCAGAAACUACAGUCUCUACUCUGUGGCCCGACGCUGGACGUGUCCUCCAUCCUGCCUCUGCUGGAGCAGCUGCCGGACACAGAUAACGCUGGCCUGAGCGUUCACGUUCUCUGUGCCACCAAGCUGGGCAAACAUGAGAGCUCCAUAGAGCGACUGUUGGACUGCUGUCCGCAGGCCAUCAUACCUUACGCCAACCAUGAGCUGCAAAAUGACAAACUGGUUCUUUGGUGGCAGAAGCUGUUUCCUGAGCUGUGUGAGAGGACUCGAGUUUCUUCAGGAGAGAACAUGAUUCUUCUCGCUGCUCUUAAAGAGACUCUGGUGGUGGUGGCAAUGGAACUAAACCCUUUAGAGUUUUUGGACUUGCUGCCGGACGAUGGGACUGCACACUUCUUCCUGCCUCAUCUUCUGGAAUGCAGUCAUAAAAAUUUGCGUACUUGAGAUUCUGCCAUUGUUCCCGUAUUGCUAGACAAUCAGUCAGUAACAUAAAGUACCAAAAAAGAAGAGUAUCAUAACACUAAAGGCCAGGGUGUAUUUACUGAUACAUGUGGUUUAAAUGGAAAUGAAAAUAGAAAUCAUUAGGUACUAACCAGUGCACAAUCUUUGUCUUCACUGUCCACCUUAUUCUACACAACGACAAGGAGGAGGACAUCCAUUAAAAUAUAUUAUAACCACAGUGAUGAUAAAUAUACUAAUUGAGUAAUAUAGUAUACCAAACUGUAUUUUUUGCACUAUAAGGUGCACUUAAAAUCCUUAAUUUUGUCAAAAAUCAUCAGUGCACAUUAUAAUCUGCUGCUCCUUAUGUAUGAAUGUUAUCAGUCAGGUAUUAAGGAGCAGUAAAGCCUCUCUGCUCAAGUACAGAGUUAUACAGUAGCUUCAGUUUAGUUACUCCAGCACCGAGGCUGGAGCAGUAUUAGCAUUAGCCACUAACUGCACUAAGCGCUAGAUCUUUCACCAUUCAGAGGUGAGUAUAUUUUAGACUGUAGGCUGUGUGUUUACUGUAUUAAAAUAAGCUACAUGGAACGAACCGCUAGCUAAUAUCACCCUGUCUUACCGGAACACUCAGGGUUCCUCAGUGUAGUGCAGUCAGGUGGCAUUACAAAUACAAAUACAAAUGCUGCAGUUUUACUGGAAAUCUGGAAAUGUAAGCUUACUAUAAAUAAGUGCUUUACUUACCCAAAUAAACAGUUUUUAACAGAGAAAUCUGUUUAGAUUAACAUCCAGCUCUUGUUUGACUUAAAAAGGAGUUUUUUUUUCUUAAGAAUGACAGUUUUGUUUAUUUAAUUUAGCCUUGAAGUUCUCGCCACCCAGUGUUCUUAUGUAAGAAAAUAGACCAGAAAAUAGAAUUUCUUUAAUGGUGCGCAAUGUUAACAAACAUUGCUGAGUGUUGAGAAGCCCCAUUUAUCUCACUUUCACUGCUUUCCAAAGAGGGUGAGCUGUAUGGAGCUAAAUUAGUGCCAAAACUACGCAAAUAAAGAAACGUAUUUUAUAAAUAUGAAACUACUUGCAAACAAACACAAAUACAAAAUGUAAUUAUCUAGCACACAGGGUGUGUUUUACAAACACAAAAACUGAUGGUUGUAAAUAUAUACGUGAACUUCAAAUAAAUACACAGCUGUUUUCACACUGUUUGGCACACUUUUAGCAGAGUCGCAAACUCUGAAAUACUUUGUAUUAUGCUUUAUCUAUCUAUCUAUCUAUCUAUCUAUCUAUCUAUCUAUCUAUCUAUCUAUCUAUCUAUCUAUCUAUCUAUCUAUCUAUCUAUCUAUCUAUCUAUCUAUCUAUCUAUCUAUCUAUCUAUCUAUCUAUCUAUCUUGUGGUGUGAGGAGGCGGGGGAGUUGUGGGUCCGCCCCACGCAGGAGCGCUCAGCCCUGUCUGUCCCAGCUGGUCUGCAUCAGGACUGAUUAAACAGCCAGCUGGGACAGGCAUAUAAACUCAGCCUCAGCCCUCACUGGAGGAGGACUUUUGACUGGGGAGCUGAGAGCUGAGGCCGCACGGACCUUUAAAAGUAAGACUAAGUGAACUCUAGAGAACUCUAGAACCAAAUAAAGGUACGUUUGAGUUCAUUUACUCCCCGUGUCUGUGUUCUCUGUGUGCUUCCUCCUUCCUCCUUCCUGUAAUGUGUAACAGCUUCCUAUAUCAUAAUUACAUCUCUGCUGUUUGUAACAAACCUUACCGUGUGUAAAUCGGGUAUAAAACGGUAGAGUUGUGAUUAUAAUAGAUGUUUUAAACACUUUAAUCAGUGUAAAUUAAUGCACUGGGGAGCGCUGGACAGGAGAGCUUGCUUUGCUGUGCAGCCACCUCACCUAAAGUGUCCCACAGCGCCACCUGCUGUUCUGGGGCGAUGCAUUUGUACGAGGGUUGGGAGUAUUUGUUAGAAAAUCUCAACACGAGUUUGCAACUCUGCUAAAAGUGUGCCAAAAGUCACGAGAUUUAUAAAUGGGCUGUGCGUGUUCGUGAAUCAUGAAACGGUAAUGUUUGAAAUUCAUGUUUAACUUGUUAUUUAUUGCUUUUUGCAUUUGUAAAACGUGUUUAUUAGUUUGUUAAGAGCAAUGCAUUAGAAAGUUUACGUAUAUAUUUACAACCAUCAGGUUUUGUGUUAGAUAGUGGAGUUUUGUAUUUGUAAAACGUGUUGUGUUUGUUUGCAAGUAGUAUCAUAUUUACAGAAUACGUUUUCUUUAUUUGUGUAGUUUUGGCACUAGUUUAGUUCCAUAGAGCUGCGUCUGUGGCUAAAUCCACCCAUUCCUUACUAGAACAUCCUAAACCCAGAGAAAUGUCUUGAUUCUGAAGCUCCAGUGAAGCUUGUAAGUUUUCCCCACUUUGCACAACCCAGCUCUUAUGAUAACAUGUUUUUCAGUAGCUCUACAGCACCUGAUGUGUCUUCUUCACCAAAGCCUUAUAAACGAUUUCCCCUUUACCGAAUGGUAAGAUCUGAUGUAUAGACAUUUGGGUGGAUGUUCUAAAUGAAAGGAGAACUCCGGUGUGAAAUUGGGUGCAGUAAAACAUGAUAGAGUACUAAGCUUUAUUAAAUAGCCCAACCCUGUUCUCCUGCAGCUUUCUGAGAGCAAUUUUAUUCAGUUUGUCCAAACACCUUUUAGACUGGGUGAUAUGGGGCAUAUUCUUGCCCCUGCAGAUACAUUGCUUUUUACACAGUUUUUACAAUUUUACACUUUACAACUUUACAAGUUCACAGCACUCUCUGAUCUUUGUGUGUUGUUAGUGGAGGUGGAAAAAGUACUGAAAAUUUUUAAUUAAGUAAAAUUACCUUUACUUUGCUAAAAUUCUACUCAAGUAAAAACCCAUCUAAAAAUUUACUUGAGUAAAAGUAAAAAAGUACUCAAUUUAAAAUUGAGUUGUUUGCAGUUAAAUUCAAUUCAAUAAAAGUACUCAUAGACAAGUGUCACAAAACUACAGUGUCUUGAAUACGUAUUUAUACUCAUUAAACCAAAUUUUAGUUGUUAUAGAAACAGGGGUCUGAAUAUAAAUGCAUGCCACACUUUCCAAAUGUGUAUUUAUUGAAUUUUUUUAAAACUAUGUUUUAUUUAAUUACUUCAUAAUUAUUUGCUACUUCGUGUUUGUCCAUCACAUAAAAUAAGUUUGUGGGUAUAAAGAAAAAAUGUAGAAAGGGUUUGGAGGCUUUUUUAAAAACACUGUAUACCAGUGGCGUGCAGUUAAUAUAGUGGGUACCCCUUCUGCAUUGUCCAUUAUUACAGACGAUAUAAGCUCUUAACCAAUUAACUGCUUCUAAAAAUUAACCCUCACUUCUUUUUAAAGAGCUUAAUUGUAAAAAUAAACUGAUGUUCUAAAACUUUUGACUGGUAGUGUUUGUAUAUGAAACUGUUCUAGUUUACUAUCUCUCCCCUUUAAUUUCCUUUUUAUUGUUUAUAAUUUAAUUUUUUUUUUAAUUUUACAGAAUGAUGUGUUAUGGUAUAAUGUGGAUCAGGUUUAUUAUAGUUUAAAGCACUUGGGCGGUGAUAAAGCACGGUGGCUUUAGUGGUUAGCACGUUCGGCUCCCAGCACUGGGGUCUUGGGUUCAAGUCUUUAUCUGGGUGGAGUUUUCAUGUUCUCCCCGGGUCUGCGUGGGUUUCCUCCCACAGUCCAAAAACAUGGAGAUCAGGUAAAUUGGUAAAAUUUUUAAUUCUCUAAAUUGAUCUGGUAAAUUAAAUACUCUAAAUUGAUCCGGUGUGUUUGUAAAUGUAUGCAUGACUGUGCCCAGAUAUGUAUUGGCACUGGUUCUGGGUAAAUGCUGUAGUUAAUGAUGCAGUCCUCCAGGUGGACGGUUGUUUCUGGUUGAGAGUACGCUGUGCGCUAUUGGCUGCUGUUUCUCACCGGUGUGUGGAUGAGUGUUGAUGUGUAAUGUGCUUGUGUGUAAACACGUGUAAAAUGUAAAGCAUCCUUGGGUUUCUAGAAAGGCGCUAUAUAAGUUGAACUUCAUUCAUUCAUUCAUUCAUUCAUUCAUUAUCUGCAUUGUAAAUUUUAAAUUGUGUAAAAAAGAGCAUGCUAUCAAUAAAUGCAAAUGUUGUCCUUUCA